AGGUGAAGGUCUCCUAUCUGGAAGGCCAUGCAGUGGGCCUCUACUUCUCGGCAAAUUGGUACUCGCCAUGUCGAAACUUCAACCGUUUCCUAUCGAACGACUUACGAGCAACUGAAGACCAAUCGGUCCAACUUCGAGGUCGUCUUCAUCUCUGCCGAUGAGGACCUGAGUGCAUUCAACAGUUAUCACUCCUCCAUGCCGGGGCUUGCGAUCCCUGUGUCAGACUUGGAGUCGAAGAAGGCGUUGAGCCGUAAAUUCGACGUCGAGAGCAUCCCGUGCCUGAUCAUCCUUCAGCCCAACAGUAAUAAGGAAGAGGAGAUACUGCACGACAGCGUCGAGCUCGUCCACCGUUAUGGGGUCGAAGCGUUCCCGUUUGCGAGGGAGAGAUUGGAGGAACUGCAGAGGGAAGAGAAGGAGAAACGUGAGAACCAGUCAUUUACCAAUUUACUCAGCAGCCAUUAUAGAGAUUAUCUUUUGGGUCAUCACCCUUCGACCGGUCAGGUACCGGUUGCUUCUUUAGUUGGUAAAACACUGGGCCUAUUCUUCUCAGCCCAGUGGUGCCUUCCGGGCAUGAAGUUCACUCCCAAGCUCACCUCCAUCUACCACAAGAUCAAGCACGCGAUCUACCUGAGACCGGGCGUCGAGGACUUCGAGAUUGUCUACGUGUCAAGCGACUGCGACCGAGCUUCCUUCGAUUCCUACUUCACCCUCAUGCCCAGGCUCGCGCUGCCCUUCGGGGACCCCAACAUCAGGGCGCUCACCAGGCAUUUCGACGUGCAGAGCAUUCCCUGCUUGGUCGUCUUGGGCCUGGACGGAAGGAAGCAUGGCCGGAGCCUGAUCAAUUCGAACCAAGAGAAUACUUACCCUUUAACGGAGGCCCAGUUGGUGUCGCUGUACUGGCAGAUGGACGAGGAGGCGAAGGACCUCCCGAAGUCGGAGUUCCACGCUGGCCACCACCACGAGCGCACCCUGGUUUCAGACGGCACCGGUGGUGGGCCCUUCAUAUGCUGCGACUGCGACGAGCAAGGGUCGGGGUGGGCUUACCCGUGCCUGGAGUGCGGGUAUGAGGUGCACACGAAAUGUGCCCGGACCUUAGGUGGGGCUUUAACCGUCGGGCCAUGAGGGCAUGCUUUCUUUUGCUGAUAAUUCGGAUUUCUAAUGGGGCGUGUGCAUGAUAUCGCAAAGUCGUUGACUUCGUACCGUUUAUUCGAAUUGAAGGGCUGGUGAUCAAGAGGGUUCUAAGUCUUCUUCUUGAUGUGUGAAUGUACUGCGAGCAUGACGUCCACUUAGAU